CACAGAAAAGAAUAUACGUGGGUGUCAGUAGUGUGUGUAAGAAGAUCUUGCAUCUUCUCUCAUUAAUAGCCUCCUCUCUCGUUGCUUAUAUUUUCUAUAAAUUUCACUUAUCUCUUAGCUUCUUCAUGUCUCUCAAUCAUAUAUCACUCAUUUAACAGGCGUUGGAUGGAUGUUACGGUGUGAUAAGGAGCACUGUAAGUUUUGUAUUGCCGCAUUUAGGUGAACGGCUGAACGGUUUCAGAUGGAGUUGUCAACGGGUUUGCUGAUUUUAUCAUGUAUUGUGAUAUAUAUGAUCUGGUUCAAGACCAUCGUACGGCCGUUAAAGGGGCCACGUGUGUGGCCGAUAUUAGGCAGCCUACCUGGCUUAAUCCAGAACGCUAAUCGUAUGCAUGACUGGAUCGCCGAUAACCUCCGCACAUGCGGCGGCACGUACCAGACUUGUAUAUCUCCGGUUCCCUUUUUAGCCCGGCGACAGGGUCUCGUGACAGUCACGUGCGACCCCAGAAACCUUGAACAUGUUCUCAAGGUCAAAUUUGACAAUUACCCAAAGGGUCCCACCUGGCAGGCUGUCUUCCAUGACCUACUUGGUGAUGGGAUAUUCAACUCCGAUGGUGACACGUGGCUCUUCCAGAGGAAAACAGCUGCUCUUGAAUUCACCACGCGUACGCUCCGGCAAGCCAUGGCACGGUGGGUCAGCCGUGCUAUUAAGCUCCGGUUUGUCCCGAUUUUGGAAACGGCUCAGAAGGAAGGGACGCCGGUCGAUUUACAAGACCUUUUGCUCCGGCUAACUUUCGAUAAUAUCUGUGGUUUGGCUUUCGGGAAAGACCCACAGACGUUAUCCCCGGGGCUGCCGGAGAACAGUUUUGCGGCGGCGUUUGACCGGGCUACUGAAGCUACUUUACAACGGUUUAUCUUGCCGGAGACGAUAUGGAAGCUGAAGAAAUGGGUUGGGUUAGGAAUGGAGGUUGACUUAACCCGAAGCAUGAAACACGUGGAUGAAUAUAUGACAAAUGUGAUUAACACACGUAAGCUGGAAUUGCUGAGUCAUACAGAAAGUGGGACGCCACAUGAUGAUUUGUUAUCGAGGUUCAUGAAGAAGAAAGAGUCCUACACGGAUGCGUUCUUACAAGACGUUGCACUGAAUUUCAUCCUAGCUGGACGUGAUACGUCAUCAGUUGCGCUGAGCUGGUUUUUUUGGCUUGUGAUAAAAAACCCUAGAGUUGAACAAGAGAUUUUGAACGAGCUGUGUUCUGUCCUAAUGGCGACACGUGGACAUGACACGUGUAAAUGGGUGGAAGAGCCAUUAGUCUUUGAAGAAGUUGACCAAUUGACUUAUCUCAAAGCAGCGUUAUCGGAGACGCUCCGUCUCUACCCGUCGGUUCCGGAAGAUUCGAAGCAUGUGAUCGCCGACGAUGUUCUCCCCGACGGCACCGUCGUCCCCGCCGGUUCCUCCAUCACUUACUCGAUCUACUCAACCGGACGAAUGAAAUUCAUUUGGGGAGAAGAUGUUUUGGAAUUCAAACCGGAAAGAUGGCUAUCGAAGGAUGGAAAGAAAUUCGAGAUCAAGGAUCAAUACCGAUUCGUCUCGUUCAAUGCAGGUCCACGAAUUUGUUUAGGAAAAGAUCUGGCUUACCUUCAGAUGAAAUCGAUAGCGGCGGCAGUGUUGCUCCGGCACCAGUUAUCCGUCGUCACCGGCCACCGCGUGGAACAGAAAAUGUCCUUGACGUUGUUCAUGAAAUAUGGGUUGAAGGUCGAUCUCCGCCCUAGGGAUUUGACGCCGAUUGUGGAACAAAUUGCGAAACUUCAGGCACGGGGCUGACACGUGGCAUGUGGUUAAACUCAAAGGAGAAUAAUGCUAUAUUAUUAUUGUUAUUAUUAUCCUAAUUUGUUUCUUUAAAAAAAUUAAUAAACACUUGUGAAGAAAACAAAAUAAGGGAGCUUGAAUUUUUGUGAAAUACUAUAAAAAGAUUCAAAAAAAAGUGUAAAGUAUGUCCAGUUACAUUGUAAAUUAAAGUUUUAUGAAUGCAGUAGUUACAUUUUCGAUU